UCGAUCGGAUGGCUAGUGCAUGUACCAGCUUCUUUUUUAAUUUUACAACAAUUUUAUUUCUGAGAUUUUGUUAGAUUUCCACCGAAGUGAUUUUGGAAUCAAGAUGGCGAGUGGAGGAGCUGGCAGUUCGCUGAUCGAAGGAGCGAUCGGACGAUGGCAGGACACCAGCACGAUGACUAUGUUGUUGUUGACAUCAACCUUUAUUCUUGUUCUUGGUGCCGUCUUCCGGAAGAUUAUCGGUGGGGGUGAAAAGUCGGAUGUGAGUCUACCUCCGAGAAUUCCAUCAAGUAUUCCCUUUCUUGGUAAAGCAAUCGAGUUCCAAGAAAACCCAAUUGACUUCCUUGAGAAAGCGUAUAAAAAGUAUGGUUCGGUGUUUUCUUUUACAAUGGUUGGUCAGACCUUCACUUACCUGAUUGGUCCAGUGAGCAGUGCUGUCCUCUUCAACAGUAAGAACGACCAAUUAAACGCUGAGGAGGUCUAUGGGCGGUUGACCACACCCGUAUUUGGAAAGGGUGUGGCAUAUGAUGUCCCGAAUGCGAAAUUUCUGGAACAGAAGAAGAUAUUGAAGAUUGGUUUGAACGUUGCUCAGUUCCGUAAACAUAUUGGUCUGGUCCAAGAAGAGGCCCUUGAUUAUCUGAAGCGAUGGAAGAACAACAGCGGCCAAGAAAAUCUGUUUGUUGCAAUGUCCGAGUUGAUCAUCUCAACAGCAAGUCGUUGUCUCCAUGGCAAAGAGAUUAGAUCCAAGCUGGAUGAGCGAGUGGCUCAACUCUACAUGGAUCUCGAUGGCGGUUUCAACCACCUAGCCUGGUUGUUCCCAAGUUGGAUUCCCUUUCCUAGUUUCCGUAAACGUGACAAAGCCCACCUUGAGGUCAAGAAGAUCUUCUACAAGGCCAUUCAAGAGAGAAGAGAUAGUGAAGAUCCCGAUGAUGAUAUGUUACAGACAUUACUGACAACAACGUACAAAAAUGGUACCCUACUUACAGAUGAUGAGGUAGCUGGGAUGUGUAUAGGAUUGCUCCUAGCAGGGCAGCAUACGUCAUCAACUACAAGUUCCUGGCUGGGAUUCUAUCUAGCCAAAAACAAGGAUAUACAAGAUCGUUGUUACCGGGAGCAACUUGAAGUCUGCAGAGAUGACAUUGACGAUCCCCUUACGUAUGAUCAGGUUAAAGAGAUGUCCUUAUUGGAUCGUUGCUUGAAGGAAACCCUCAGACUCCGCCCACCAAUCAUGACCAUGAUGAGAAUGGCCAAGGUUCCAGUGACUGUCCAAGGUUAUACCAUUCCACCAGGACACCAAGUGUGCGUAUCACCGACUGUCAACCAACGCAUUGAGGACCAAUGGAUGCCUGAACCCAUGACCUUUAACCCUGAUCGGUUCAUAGAUGAGAGUGCCUCCAACAGUGACAAGUUUUCCUACGUUCCCUUCGGAGCGGGUCGUCACCGCUGCAUCGGGGAGAACUUCGCCUACGUGCAAAUCAAGACCAUCAUGUCUGUGUUGAUACGCAAAUACGAGCUGUCAUUAGUGGAUGACUACUUUCCAUCCAUCAACUACAAAACCAUGAUCCACACACCGUUUAAACCAAUCAUUGCCUAUAAGCUCAGGAAGUAAACAUGUUUAGUUUGGCUUAAAGGGAAGGUACACGUUUGGUAAUUACUCAAAACAAAUAAUAACUUAAAAACUGACAUGGUAACAAGCA